AUGAGCCGGAGCUUCUACGACAUCGAUCCGGCGGGCGAGGUGCUGUGCACCUACACCGAGGGCGGCGAGAAGGAGAGUCUCAAGUCUGAGAAAACCGAAGUGCCCCUCGCCAAAGCGAUGCUCUACGCCUUCCUCCCCGCAGGCUACCCUCACACCGUCACCGACGACUACCUCGCCUACCAGACCUACGACUCCCUGCAGGCCUUCGCCUCGUCCAUAACAUCCCUACUCGCCAACCGCGCCGUGCUUGAGGGGCUCGGCGUAGGCGACUCGUCGUCGUCGCCCACGGGCGCCUUGAUCCUCAAGAUCACGGGCGACACCAUCUCGCGCAUCGCCACCAUCCUCUUUGCCCACCGCAUGGGCCAGGCCAUCGAGCCCGAGUGCAAGUUUUACCGGUUCCUGGCCGACAUCUUCAACGACACGUCCCAGUUCCUCGACCUGCUCACCCCUGCCCUGCCCUACCUUCCCAAACUUGGCGUCAUCGUCUCGGCGGGCGUCCUCCGCUCGCUGUGCGGCGUCGCCGCGAAUGCCAGCAAGGCCAGCCUGUCGGCGCACUUUGCGCUGACGGGUAACCUCGCCGAGCUCAACGCCAAGGAGGCCUCGCAGGAGACGGUUGUCAGCCUGUUGGGCAUGCUGGUCGGGAGUCUGGUCGUGCGCAUGGUCGAGGACAAACAGGUCGUCUGGUUCCUGAUGGUGCUGCUGGCGGGCGUGCACCUGGCCAUGAACUACCGCGCGGUGCGCUCCGUCAAGAUGCGCUCGCUGAGCCGGCAGCGCGCGACCCUUGUCUUUCGGGAGUGGCUGGACCACGGGACCGUGUUGACCCCAGCGCAGGCCGCGCAGAGGGAGAGCGUGCUGCGGAAAGGGAGGGGGAAUCUGGCGAGCAAGAGUGGGGAGUAUACGGGCUUCUGCGACUUUGGCACGUACGGGGACCUGAUGAGGUGGAAUCCGAGGGGGUAUCACCGGUACGACUUCGAGACGAGCACGUACUUUAUGGGGAUAUGGCAUCGCGGCGGGUAUUUCUACAUGCGGAUUGCCCUGAAGGAGGGCGUCGCGAACCCGCUUUCGGCCUGGUUUGACGCCGUCAACCACGCCUACCACUUCGACUCGGCGCUCAAGGACGGGCUGCAGAGCCAUUAUGAGAACGAGAUGCCGCUGGGCUAUGUGUCGGAGGAGCAGAAGGAGACAAUAUUUGCCGCUCUGACGGCGGCCGGGUGGGAUCUCAGCGCGAAUGCGCUGGAGACGAGGUUACCGAUCAGGGUGCGGGUGGGAGAUGGCGGGAAAAGGCUACAUCUACCCGAGAAAGACCCAGCACGCCUCAACGGGCACCAGGAGGCAAAGCACGACUAA